GCCGGGCCGGAGGCCAAACCCUUGGUUCCCGUGGCGACGCCCUGAGGUGGAGGCGCGGCGGGAGGCGCACGCCACGCGCGCACGCGGUCUCUCAGGGCCUCGCCGGCCCCUGUGGCCUCCCUCCCGGACGAGGUCCUGGUCCGAGCUCCCCGGGACAGAACGGGCCAGGAGUGGUUUUUAGCGAGGCUGGGUCCUCUCUGAACGAAAUGGGCUUCCCUUCACGCUGGCCCCGCUAGCGAACGUGCGCAGCAAGCCUGAGGCUUGUUUGGGUGAUUUCUCUCGAAGGUGGAGAUCGCUUCCGUUAGAAGCAGAUGUUCACAGCCUUUAGGCCAAGUCUUCUGCUGUGUUGUCUUGCCCAAGUCCAGAACUUUCUUGAUUCAAUUUCUUCAACUCCCAUUGAGUGACACAGAUUAGAAAGGGGCCUCAGGGUCCAGCCAGCUGUAUACAGACUUCAAUGAAUCCUUCUUCCACUUCCAAAUGUCACUCCAUGGAUUCCUUUGGACAACCCAGACCAGAAGAUAACCAGUCAGUAGUUAGCAGAAUGCAAAAGAAAUACUGGAAAACUAAACAGGUCUUUAUCAAAGCAACGGGAAAAAAGGAGGAUGAGCACGUGGUGGCAUCUGAUGCUGAACUGGAUGCUAAACUUGAGGUUUUUCACUCCAUUCAAGAGACAUGCACUGAACUUCUGAAGAUAGUUGAGAAAUAUCAGCUAAGACUCAAUGUUAUAUCAGAGGAAGAAAGUGAACUGGGGCUCUUUUUAAAGUUUCAAGCAGAACGGGAUAUGACGGAAGCUGGUAAAAUGAUGGAUGCUACUGGCAAGGCACUCUGUUCUUCAGCCAAGCAAAGAUUGGCCCUGUACACUCCUCUGUCUCGUCUUAAGCAAGAAGUAGCAACAUUCAGUCAAAGGGCGGUAUCUGAUACCUUGAUGACAAUCAACCGGAUGGAGCAAGCACGCACAGAAUACAGAGGAGCCCUGCUGUGGAUGAAAGAUGUGUCCCAAGAACUGGACCCAGACACCCUUAAACAAAUGGAAAAGUUCAGAAAAGUGCAGAUCCAAGUGAGAAAUAGCAAAGCUUCUUUUGACAAGUUAAAGAUGGAUGUUUGUCAGAAAGUGGAUUUACUUGGAGCUAGUCGCUGCAAUAUGUUAUCUCACUCACUCACUACCUACCAGAGGACACUUCUUGGAUUCUGGGAGAAAACAGCUCGAUUGAUGUCCCAGAUCCAUGGGGCCUGUCCUGGCUUUCAUCCAUAUGAUUUUGUAGCUCUCAAGCAACUACAAGACACUCCAAGCAAGCUUACUGAAGACCAGAAAGAACAAAUAGAAAACAGUUCUCUCACUGAAAGCCUCAAUAAGUUAGUUUUGUCAGAUGAGGAAGUGAGCUUGGGAAAUGAACCAGCAGCUCAAGAUCACAAAGAAAAACAUUUUCAAGUAAGAGAAUUUGGAGCACCUCAGUUUUCUAACUCUGAAAAUGUUGCAAAAGAUUUACCUGUCGAUCCACUGGAAGAUGAUUUUGAGAAGGAAUUCUCAUUUCUCAACAACCUCCUAAGUCCUGGUUCUUCAAGUACUGGUGAAUUUACCCAAGAAUGCCAGACUGCCUUUGGGAGCCCCGGUGGCAGCUUCAUGUCUUGGGAGGCUCCUGUGGGGUCUGAGCCUCUUGCUCAUUCAUCACGAUUCCUUCCUUCACAGCUCUUUGACCUUGGCCUUCAUGCUGCUGGAACUUUUAACAGCUGGGCCUCCCAAGGGGGAUUAGAAGUUCCUCUUUCACACACUGAAAACCAGCCAGUGCCUCCACAGAGUCCAAAGAAAUUAACAAAGUCUCCCAACAGUGGUAACCAAGACAUGUCAGCCUGGUUCAAUCUAUUUGCAGACUUGGAUCCACUUUCAAACCCAGAUGCUAUUGGACACUCAGAUGAUGAACUUCUUAAUGCUUGA